AGCCAGUACCCGGGGCGUGCCCCCUCAAGGCUCAGUCUCCCCGCGCUCGCUGCCCGUGACCCACGCCACACACACACGCCCGCGCGCCCCCGCACACCUUAGAAACACGCCCACAACUCCAGCAGGAGGAGGAGGAGGAGGAGGGGAAAGAAGGACCCUUACGAAAGGGGAACGAGAAAGUGAAAGAACGCAAAAUAAUAUUGAAAAAAAAAGAUCGACUUACGAAAAAAGUUCGAAUUACCACUGAAGUUUUGUUCGUUAGCCAAGGGACGCGGGUGACGUCCACCGCAGGGGGGGGGGAGGGGAGAGUGCCAGUGUCUUGGCACUCUGGGGAAUAAAGAGUCAUUACGAGUGCUACCUAUAUGAUUGUUAGUGGCCCCGUGUGUCCGUAGAGGUCAUUACCAUUGUGAACAACCAGGUUCUUAGUUCCCUUGUGUGUGUCAGUCCUUCGAGAUCAUUAGCAGUCUGAUCUACGAGACUGUUAGUGCCCUCAGGGUGUCCCAAGCAAGCGUAUACAGGUGACGACACUGCAGAAAGGAGCUACAGGCAUCAUCUUCUCUACACGCUGAAGAGUCUCGCCUUACCUUGGUCUCGAGAUCCAGCUGGAAGACGAGUAUGAAGUCCUCCACGUGAUUCAAGAAGGUUGGCGGGGACGCUUGUUGCUAGUGGAGCACCGCAGGACUCGACAUGAGGUGGUUCUGAAGGCCAUGCACAGGGACUCCACCUCCCGUCUCGACUUCUUCAGAGAGUUCCACUACAACUACUACCUCAGCCCGCACCUCAACAUACUCAACGCUUACGACGUAGCCUUCGAGGCGGGCGAGUACUAUGUUUUCGCCCAAGAGUACGCACCGUUCGGGGACCUUACUACCAACCUCUGCGAUGUGGGCCUCGGGGAGAUCAAUACCAAAAGAAUCGCUCUCCAGCUGGCCUCCGCUCUUGACUUCAUGCACUCCAAGGACCUGGUGCACCGAGACAUGAACAUGGACAACAUUUUGAUCUUUAAAAGCGACUUCAGCCACGUCAAGCUAUGCGACUUCGGAUCCACGCGCAAGAAGGGGACACUGCUGAAGAAGAGAACCGUCUGGCUGCCUUAUGCUCCGCCUGAGAUCGUGGAUGCCGUUCAAAACGAAGGCUUCCACGCCGAUACCUCACAGGACGUGUGGCAGCUGGGCAUUCUCAUCUACGUGUUGCUGACGGGUCAGCUGCCGUGGCAGAAGGCAGACCUGACGGACCCCAACUACGCUGACUACAUCAACUGGCGCAAGCGUCGUACGCUGCGUACUCCCAAGCGCUUCACCAACUUCACCUCUCGGCUCUUGAGACUCUUUAAGCGCCUCUUGGAGCCUAAGCCGGAGAAGCGGGCGUCGGUGCGCGAAGUGUACAAGUAUAUGGACGACAAGUGGCUCCUUAAACUCCCACGACGUGAUAUUGGAGACGUCGACGGUCAGAGUGUCUGCUACUCGACCUUCUCUGCGCAUUCUUGUCCCAGGGAGAAGGAUCGGGUGCUGCGUACCUUGAAGGCGCAUGGAAUUGAGACCACGGUGGAUCGAAUCGCUAAGAGACAGCGAAUACACGAGUGGCUGGAGCGUUCACUGUCCUCCAGAAAUCUUGGCGAAGACGAGGAGCGAGCCAAGGAUGAUCCCUUACAAAGAGAAUAUAUCGGAGACCAAGAACCUCAAGCACGGCGCUCCGCUCGACCUCUACAAUCUUCACAAGAACAAAAUAAAAGAGCAGAAGCAAUGCGAAAACAGUAUGAGGAACUUACUGCCAUAACGAUUAAGCUGGUACAAGCAAAAGCUUCAAAGCAGGUGUCAGACACCAUUCCUAACUCGACUCAAGACAGCAGAGUAAGGAACGGCCACCUCCACCAUCAACCCCAGCAGACCACACACGCGCAAGACCAAACUGGAUUCAAUGGUGCCAAAGCCUCUCCUGUCCUUGAGACAUCACAACACCGCGGGCGUGACAACAGCCCUUGCAUUGUCCAGCGGAACUCCUCGCGGAAAACAAAAGGAGAAUCAGGCAGUCCACAACUCAGCAGACACGCUCAAAGUCCUGUCCGAACCCCCACCGUGAUAGAGACUCCCCGGAGUCCCCAUAUAAACAGACGGUUCCACAAACACAUGCAUAGUCCUAACUCUUCAGGGAGAGAGCGCCGGGGAGAGCGUCAGUGGUCGAGUGGCGCCACAGAGUGUGGCUAUCAGUUGCAGAGAAGCAAAACUGAUUCCUACUUCGUAACUGGAUCGUCUCGCAGCCCUCCGUCUCGACAGACGAGUCAGGAGAGCGAUUCGACGGAUACCAGUUUGAACAGCCUUCAGCCUGUCGUCCUACUCUAGCGAAGAUGGGAGGAGCGAUACGCUCUUCCACCUAUUCCGGCCGCUCUCGCAGGGACGCACGUACACACAUAUGUAAAUACACUCACACGUGCACACAUAUGUAUAUACAAAUGUGCACACACAUGUACAUACACGCGCACACACUACCUGUUGACGAGAAACGUCAGUUUUCCUCUAUCCUAGAUCACACCAUCGUCCCUUUCCAUGUGUUGCAGCCUGUUACUCGGUCAACCUACCUCUACCUGCUUUGUACACACACACACACGCCUCUCUGGACCACGUAGGAAAAAACAUACUUCCUAGCACGGGCUGUGAAGUGUUUUACUGUGAAUACUAGAGAACUGUACAUCGCCAAGACACUCGUGUCGGAAAGUACAACAUGAGCACUAGUGGUAACCAGUCAAAUGUUUGAGAGACCGACGGAUCAUAUGUCCAGGGGCAGUGCGACAAGACUUUUGACCAACAGUUCCUUCUGCACACAAGGGACACGGCCCCUCGGACCAUCUACGUCAUCACCAUGGUCCGGACGACAAGCACUACUAUCUUCGUAAUGCUGACAGACUUCUAUGAACUUUAGCGCCAGUGCUACUCCAACCCUCUAUAAGCAGCACAAGCCUGGAGGGUCCAGCUGUGGUGGUCAAACUUGUAAUCCAUACCCUGCUUCGCUUCAGGCCGCAUUAGGACAAACAAAAGUCACGUUCCACCAAGACACUAAGCCCGCCACACUGGGGAUGAAGAUCUUCAGAGCACUAGCGGGUCCUCUCACAAGCGUCUUCCUGGUCAUAACGUAGUGUAAGCUUACUUUCAUUCUCUUAAAACAUUGGAGACUGGAACCCAGGCCACAAAAGUACGAGAAUGUCGUUCUGCUACGUAGACCAUGGACUCUUCAGGCAUAUUUUAGAUGGUUGAGUGAAAUUCAGAAGAAAUUCAGUAAUAUAAAAGUUGAAUUAAGAAACAAUUGGCACAUUGUGGUCUCGUGUGUACAUACUCGGAGAUAAUGAAGUUGGGUGUCUGAGUGUUUGGUCUUGGGAAGUAUACUGCGUGAGCAUCUUAUAUCAAUAAGAUGUUUCAACACUUCAUUUUAUAUGUCUACGUUAUCAAUUAUAAUUAUUAUCCAUGUUUUUCUUAUUGUUAUUUACCUACACCUUAGUGUUGCAGUACCUACACCUCGGUGUUGCAGUACGUACACUUCAGUGUAGAAGUACCUAUUCCUCAGUGUAGCAUUACCUAAUAUACUUCAGAACCUACCCUGCUGCCUGCAGGGAGGGAGACCUGCUGCUUGGGUAACAGCUUCUCCUCCGUAUCAAUUAACCCUGGCUUUGCGCCCUGGAGAGUACGUAAUUCGAUAGUCUCCUGAGACUGAUGGAUGCCUACUAAUUGGCUCCAAGGGAUAUGUUAUAUUAUGUAUG